CGUAUAUUUCUGAGAGUCGGACGGUAUAUUUCUUUUAAAAUUAAUUUUUUACCACGAAUAUUACGAUGCAGAAACAAAUUGUAAAGGAAACGGGUGAUGACAAAGUCAGCGCCACUUCAGAUGGAAUCGUGCUCAACAAGAUACCAGCGCUGAUCCAUACCACGAUGAAGAGAGCACCGACAUCGACCACAGCAGCAGCAGCCUUGGGCACAACUCCGCCGAAGAACCCCAAGUUUGUGAUUCAGUCUGGAUCGGCGGCGGCUGGCACUUCGCCGUGGCAGACUGUGACGGCCAUCAAAAGGGAAUCCCUGGGAAUAGCCAUCAGCUCGCUGCCGCCCAACACCAUCAUCAAGAGAGCCACACCUGCUCCGAAAAGCAGCAAGAGCACACUGACGAGUCUGCUGGGCAGCUCGGCUGCGCCUGUGGCUGCGGUGGCACCCGCUACCCGCGUCUCGUCUGCUGUGCACCAGGCUGUUUUUAUCAAGCGCGAAUUGCCGCAGCAGCGAAGCAUUCGAGCCGUCACCAUGGGUCUAAUGGAGAACGCGACCAUGCUGCACCUGGGUCUGGCCAGCGAGCAUCUUUCGAUACUGAAGCGCCACAUAUGCCGUAAUGCCGCCGUGACCCACCUGGACUGCUGCAUAGCGUUGAGGAAACUGCGCCAGAACGAGUCAUUUGCCCUGCUGGCCGAAUUCUUCGAGCUGAGCGAGUCGGAUGCGGAGGAAACGUUCAAGCGGACCAUCAUCAAGCUGGCUCGCUGCCUGCGGCCCUUAAUCUGCUGGCCGGACUCCAACCACUUUCUCAACAGGCUGAAGCACACGCCACUCGACUACCGCUCCGAUCUCAUGCAUCUGCGGUCCAUGAUUGAGUGCGUGGAAACGGACGUGAGUGAGGCAUUGGACUUUAGCUGUCAAAGCUACAAGUUCAUACUCUGCAUCAACACGAAUGGCAUCAUCAGCUACAUCUCCAGCGCCUAUCCCGGCCAGUGCGACGAUCUGCAGCUGUUCGAGGCCAGCAACUUCAAGAACAUCGUACCCGGCUACCUCACGCUGUGUGGCGACCCUGGCAAGGCAGUUCCACGCUCCCGCCAGCCAGUGUCUGAUUCCAUGUCCAAAACAGACGAAGAUGAAGAUUCCGCAUCGCUGGACGAGCAGAGGCAGCCGGUCACCAAAUAUGACGCUCAGCAGCUGUCGGGACAGUUGGCCAGCCAGGAGUCAUUGUCCGUUGUGGAUGGUUCCCUCAUCUCGAAGCGUGCCCCGUCAGUCCAGAUGCCGACGCUGCGUCUCCAGGAGCCGGCCUGCCGUGCCCAGAUGCGCGCCACAAUCGACACCCUGCGAGAUCACAAAAUGCUGCACCACAGCUCCAUUCAUCAGAAGUCGAUGCUUGGGUACCUUAACGAGAUGCUGAUUGUGGCAGCCGCUCUCUGCAACCUGAAGCGGAAGGAGCUCUCCUCGUAGGACUAUCAGGGUGUAGGAUUAGUUGUAUAAGAGACUGUUUUAAGGUCUGUUUUAAGGCCUUGUAUCUUGCAUUAAAAUCUACUCGUACCAGCAAGUAAAUGGUGAAUUUUUCUUACGCUGUUUGAGGCUCUGAAA